AUGGAAGAAACCGGCGGAUUCACUUACGAGGAGUGGUGCAAGAGACGCGAGUGUGUCGCUGUUCCUACCGAGACCAUCGCUCCCAAGUCAUCCAUCUCGAAUCGCUCCAACAACACCCGUCACAGUGAGGUGUCCGACCAAGAGAACGCCUACCGUUACGUUCCUAUGAGAGAGCCCGGUCCUCAGGACGCUGUUCCCAUCGCAUACGCCCUCUAUCCUCAGCCCGGCUACACUUACAUGUACCCUCCUCAGCAGCUGCAGGCCAUGGCUGCCCCUCCUCCACCAGCACCCGCCCCGGCUGUUGUUGCUCCUUCAGCCCACUCCAAGAAGGAAGAGGCACACUACCAUCACUACACCCAUGAGCGUGUACGUGAGAGAUCAGUUCGUCCCAUCUCUGAGCCUCCUACCAUUGAAAAGGUCGCCUCUCCCAAGGCUGCACCCCUUCCAGCCGUUCCCCAAGUCACCAUGGCUGGCAUGACUUACGGUGCUUACCCCUUCGGCUUCCCCGGCACCGCCGUUCCAGUCGCUUAUGCCAUGCCCAACUACCCCGUUCCUAUGAACUCUGAGACCGCCAGCACCGUUACUCCCAAGGCCACCAAGGAUCGUGUCUGGGUCGGUCGUACCAAGAAGCAAGUCGACGAGGACAACGCCAAGAUCGCUCACAAGGAAGGCGUCUACAAGCCCAACGAGAUGGUUCCUAAGGGCGCCUCUUCCGACCAGCUGUUCUGGGUCAUUGAGCCCGACAACACCAACACUUUGCGCAAUUUCCGUACCAUCGAGGAUGACCUUCAGCCUGGAAAGUGGAAGAUCGACCCUAGAUACGGCAACGCAUACUUUGUGCGUGACAAGCCUGAGAAGUCUUGA